AUGAAGGAUCUCAGCAUGGCUGACAUUGAACUUGCCUGCCAGCAGACUUCACGAAGGAUCACCAGCUGCAGGUGCAAGGACGGUCCGGAAAUUCUGGACAUGAUUAAGCGACGCAAGGCCCUCAGAGGAGCCGAUGCCAGGACUCUGGCAAAGGAUAUUGCUGAUGCGCGCCGGGAGGCCAAGAGGGUCUGGCUCACGUCCCUACUCGAGCGCGGUGCGGAAGGUGACUUCCGAGCGCUCACCUAUUUCCGUAAGCGCAACUCCGCGGCCUACACACAUGGGUCCUACUGCAUGAGGGCUGGAGGCAGUGUGAAGGCUAUAGCGGACCUCAGAAUUUUCUACCACAAGAAAUUCAUGAGUGCUGACUCCAAUCCGCGGGGUCUAGCCAUGGCCAUCUUCCGACAUCGUGGUGGAGCCAUUGCCAAUCCACAGCCCUUCACCUUGCAAGAACUUCAGGACAUUGCUUUCAUGUGCAAGCACAACAAAAGCACGGGGGCUGAUGGGAUCUCUUACGAAGCCGUUCAGCUUCUCUUGCAGACCAGUUUGGGAGCAAAUUUUGAGCUGUUCAAUGACGUCUUGUUGGGGCUGAGACCGGUUCCUGACUCAUGGCUGAGCAACCACGUCACCUUUCUUCCGAAGACGCCAUCUCCCUGCUGUCCGGGCGACCUUCGCCCGAUAGUCCUCUCCCCUACAGUGGCUAAGGUCUUCACCAAGGCACUCAUGCUGCGACUAAGGCAAACCUUAGAUUCCGUGUGUGCCGUCCAACACGCGAUAAAGCUCGCCGAUCAGUAUCGAAAACCGUUGUUUGUGAUCAAACUAGAUAUUUCGGCCGCGUUCGAUUCCCUAUCGCAUGAAGCUUUAGCUGCCUUCCUCAGUCAGGCGACGGGAUGCCGCGAAGCGGAGCUCUUGCUCCAGAUAAUAGUGUCCACAAAGGUGGUGCUGGGGAUGCAAGGCACCUCCUGGGAGCAACCCCUCUCCCAGGGGGUGCUCCAAGGAAGUAGUUAUUCCGCGGAACUCUUCGCACGUUGCGUGGACUUUUAUCUCGCCAAAACGAGCGAGGGAUGGCAGGACCAUGAAGAUACCUGGCUGCGCACGGCUCAGAACCGCAAGCUUUUCCUGACCCCCUUCGCAGAUGACCUGGUGCUUCUUGGGUCCACCAGAGAGCAGGCACAGCGGCUUCUCCGCGAUGUGGAGCUCACUCUGCAAUCUAUUGGGUUGCAUUUCAACGCAAAAAAGUGCAAAUUUAUCAAGCCGUCCUACUGUUCGGACACGCCGCUGUCACUCAACAAUGGCGGCCUUGUGGAAGCCCGAGAUAACAUGGUUUUCUUGGGGGUCCUGCUCGGUUUUCAGCUGUCCUGUUUCGCAGUCAUUGCAGCACGCGUGGCUAAGGUCAGCAAUGCCUUUUGGGGAUACUUUCGUGUGCUGCGGCAGGCAAAGGUUGGUAUGUCCCAGAGGUUGCGAGUUUUUAAUUGCUUCGUCACGUCCAGGUGGAGGUGGCUUAGUCCGGCCUUUCGGCCUCUGAAGUCUGUUCGUGACUUCUUGAAAACGACUCACACCACUUUUCUCACUUCCAUUACGGGGUUCACGCGCGAUCCAUUUCAGUGCGCGACUGAGUCUUGGACUGCAAGACGGCGGGCGAGCCGCUUGACGGCGCAGCAAGCUAGACACUACAGAUGGGAAGCCACCCAUGCCAAGAGUUUCCUAGCCUACUGGGGCCAUGCUGCCCGUUACGCCAGUGAUGCCUGCGUGCCGGUAGUCCUAGCAUUCCGCAUCCGGGACCCAGAAUGGCUUUUUGCGAAUGCGCACCUUUUCCCAAGAGCUAAACCCGGCAGGUGCCCUGAUAUUAGCCGCUUUCUGCAGUUAGCUUGGGAGGCUUUCUUGCUCAGCAGGGGUGUUCAUGCUGUGACGUCCUGGAUUCAGGGUGCAGCGGACAGAGCGACAUGGAAGGACUUCUCUGUGGCGUGGGCCACGCAACAUGACUGCCUUGAGUCCCAGUUCUAUUCAGGACCCCCUGAGCAGGUCGACCUUUGUGGCAGACAGUUGUUGCAGAACGGGGAUUUCUACUCGCUUCUCCCGAUUAGGCACGUUCCAGUCGAGGCACCCUACUCCACCUCCUUCCUGAGGCUUGACCACGGAACCGAAUCUCAGGCCCUUGAGGAAGGGGCCACGGAGCACCUUUUCCGAGUCUUUUCGGACGGCAGUGCUUCUCAAAACCGAGGCACCCCGGGUUGCGGCGGGGCCGCUGUCGUUUUGCUGCCUCCGUACCAAACCAUAGAGAAUGCGGUGGUGAGCUACUUUAAACUCCCAGCCCCGUGUACCAAUAUCGAGGCCGAGCUGCGAGCUGCUUGUCACGCCAUGCAGAUGAUCGAAACCUUGCUGUCUUUUCACCCGCAACUACAGGUGACCUACUGUAGCGACAGUCAAUACGUGUUGCAACUACUUGACGGGGCAUUCCAGGGGACGCAUCAUGCUUCGGUCACGAACGAACUCCUCUGCAGGUGGAGUAAGAUCUGCUUGCAGGUUGAGGCAUCGCACGUCCGUGCACACAGGGGCAUUUUGCUGAAUGAGGUGGCUGAUCAUUUCGCCAAGAUUGCUGCAGCCCAGGGUCAUUUCGCCAAAACCUACCGCGCAUUGUCGUCGUCGCAUGCUCGCAUCACUUCACAGGCUGAUCGUGCCUUUGUGUCUUGGCUAGCCUAG